GAAUUUUCUUCAUGGCCCAAAAUUUUUCAAGUGCCUCCUUAUCUCCGCAACCUAAAUGAAAAAGCCUAUGAACCUAAACUCAUUUCCAUUGGACCUUAUCAUUACCAAAAAGAUCAUUUAAAAGCAAUGGAAACACAGAAGGGGCGUUUUCUAAAAGAUCUUCUUCGACGAACAAAUCAGAAAAGUGCUCAAAGAUUUGAAGAGGCCAUGAGAGGUAUAGUGGAAAAGGCUCGUUGCUAUUAUGCGGAAUCUUUGGUUAUUUCCGAUCAAGAAUUCUUAAAAAUGAUGGUUCUUGAUGGAUGUUUUAUUGUCGAGCUAUUCGCCAAAUUAAGUGAUGAAAGCUGCAACGAUUCCCUCCAAAGCAUGAACCGCCUCUGCUUGAACAAUAUUUUGGAAGAUUUGAUACUAGUUGAGAAUCAGCUUCCCUUUUUUGUACUAUGGGAGUUUUUAGGCAUCGCCUCUCAGGAUCGAAGAACUUGGAUUGAGGGAAUUAUUGUGUCGUAUAAAGGAGUAAUGCCAAAGCUCAAGAAUUUAGGUUCGAUGCCUGAAGGCAAGCAAGGGGAAAGACAUGUUAAGUGGGAUUUCAUUCGUUCGGCUACAAAACUAAGAGAGGCAGGAAUCAAAUUCAGAAGGGGUAAUGAACACGACUUGUUUGACAUAAAGUUUGAGAACGGGACACUUUACAUUCCACCUGUGAAUUUUGAAGACCGGAUUGAGCUAUUGUAUUUCAAUAUCAUUGCCUAUGAACAGUUUGACAACAGUGGAUCUCGAAAACGCUUAACUGAAUAUGUAACUGUCAUGGAUUUUCUCAUUGAUACUGAGAAGGAUGUGGAGUUACUUUGUCAAAAAGAUAUCAUGUAUCACUGGCUUGGCACUGACGAGGCAGCUGCCAAGAUGUUUAAUAGGCUCGGAAGUGAACUCUUGAUCAACUCAGACUUCUUCUUUUACGCUAAGCUAUUUAAUAAUGUCAACAAACAUUGCCACGAGCCUUGGAACAGAAGGAUGGCAAGCUUGAGGCACAAUUAUUUCAACACUCCUUGGGCUUUGAUAUCCUUUUUUGCAGCAGCUUUCUUGCUUCUACUUACCAUCCUGCAAACAACAUUCGCAAUUUUCCCUCGGUCUUGAAACUGCCUGAAACCUUUAGAAUGGAGGGAACAACGUGGAUCAUCAGCAGAAAGCAUCGAGGUCUGUGAGAAGUGCAAGGUGUUAAGAGUGCAUGCAUAGACUGGUUUGAACUGUUUUCAUAUAUAUCCUUCUGCGUCUUCCUUUAAUUAAUAAGUGUGUAUCUGAACCUGCCCCUUUGGCCAAGCGAUUUUGGUCACUCUCGUAAGGUUCAGAUUUUCCUUCAAAGGUAACGGUUCGAGCCAACACCAUGAUAAAAUGUUAAAAAAAAAAAAAGUGUAUCUACUCUUAGUACUUUUUUUUUUUUCUGUUUGGUUGGGUUUCUUUAGACUUUUAUAUUAUAAUGUACUUUUUUUGGCAUAAGAUCUAUUAAAUGAAAACUUUUUAA